CUCUAUGGUGGCGGGGUGAGGGUGGGGGUGUGCGGUGAGGUAAUAGUUUUCCCUCCCCAGUUAAGAUCCGGGAGGGAGAAGAAAGCGAGGAAAUGGCGGAAAUGGAGUUCUCAAACGCUACCCACGAAGUGCUCAAUGCCACCCUCCACACCACGCUGGCGCUCACCACGAAGCUGGUGCUUCCUACACCUGCCAAGCCUAUCCUUCCAGUGCAAACUGGGGUGCAAGCUCAACAAGAGGAGCAGUCAAGCGGCAUGACUAUAUUCUUUAGUCUUCUUGUAUUAGGUAUCUGCAUCAUAUUGGUGCAUUUAUUGAUAAGAUUCAGGCUGCAUUUCAUGCCAGAGAGUGUUGCUGUUGUUUCUUUAGGUAUCCUCAUGGGAGCAUUUAUAAAAAUUAUAGAAGCCCAAAAGCUAGCCAACUGGAAGGAAGAAGAAAUGUUUCGGCCAAAUAUGUUUUUCCUUCUUUUACUUCCACCAAUUAUAUUUGAAUCUGGGUAUUCAUUACACAAGGGCAACUUCUUUCAGAACAUCGGCUCCAUCACACUGUUUUCUGUGAUUGGGACAGCAAUUUCGGCUUUCAUUGUCGGUGGAGGAAUUUACUUCUUGGGUCAGGCUGACGUUAUUUAUAAGCUCAACAUGACUGACAGCUUUGCUUUUGGCUCCCUGAUCUCCGCUGUCGACCCAGUAGCUACCAUUGCUAUCUUUAAUGCUCUCAAUGUGGAUCCUGUGCUUAACAUGUUGGUCUUUGGGGAAAGUAUUCUCAAUGAUGCUGUCUCAAUUGUGUUAACAAACACAGCAGAAGGCUUGACAAGAGAACAUACGUCAGAUGUGAGCGGAUGGCAAACUUUUCUGCAGGCCUUGGGUUACUUUCUGAAGAUGUUCUUUGGUUCCGCAGCGCUGGGAACUCUGACUGGCCUUAUUUCUGCAGUAGUGCUGAAGCAUGUUGAUUUACGGAAAACUCCUUCCCUGGAGUUUGGAAUGAUGAUCAUCUUUGCUUAUCUUCCCUAUGGACUUGCAGAAGGCAUUUCUCUCUCAGGUAUCAUGGCUAUCUUGUUCUCUGGCAUCGUGAUGUCUCACUACACUCACCAUAACCUCUCGCCGGUUACACAGAUCCUAAUGCAGCAGACACUGAGGACCGUUGCUUUCAUGUGUGAAACAUGCGUUUUUGCAUUUCUAGGCCUAUCAAUAUUUAGCUUCCCUCACAAGUUUGAAAUGUCCUUUGUCAUCUGGUGCAUAGUGCUUGUGCUUUUUGGCAGAGCUGUCAAUAUUUUCCCCCUCUCCUACCUGCUCAAUUUCUUCCGCGAUCACAAGAUCACCCCAAAAAUGAUGUUCAUCAUGUGGUUUAGUGGCUUGCGUGGGGCCAUCCCAUAUGCCUUGAGCCUCCAUUUGGGCUUGGAGCCGAUAGAGAAGCGGCAGCUCAUUGGCACCACGACAAUCAUCAUUGUGCUGUUCACCAUCUUGUUACUGGGAGGAGGGACCAUGCCCUUAAUCAGACUGAUCGACAUUGAAGACUCCAAAGCCCGGCGAAAGAACAAGAAGGACAUUAACCUCAGCAAGACAGAAAAAAUGGGUAACACCAUUGAAUCUGAACACUUGUCCGAACUCACCGAGGAAGAGUAUGAAGCCCACUACUUAAAGCGCCAGGACCUCAAAGGAUUUAUGUGGCUCGAUGUUAAAUACUUGAAUCCUUUCUUCACUAGGCGGCUCACACAAGAGGACUUACAUCACGGACGCAUACAGAUGAAAACCCUCACCAACAAAUGGUACGAAGAAGUGCGACAAGGGCCCUCCGGUUCUGAAGACGAUGAGCAGGAGUUACUGUGACAGGGUCACAAUGACACCAAAAAUUAGAUUUAUGACAGUACUUGAGUUUUGCAGAAUGUACUCAGUAUACAACUUUGUAAGAGAGCCACCUGGAAACUCCUUUCCAAGGAAAAGGUUGCACCAUAGUUUGAAACGAAAGACGAUCUCUAAUGCCAAAUGUCUCUGGGAGUUAUGUCGAAUCCUUGAACAGCAAGCACCAUCUACUUUGGAAUAAUGAGAAAAUGGGCUGUACCCAUUAUGAUUUGUUCUGUAAAUGUACAUUAGAGAGAUUUCGUAGGACUGUGUCAAAAAACAACAACCCGUAAUGCACUUUAUCCUAUACUUUGUCAAAUACACUGACCCAUGGUGGGAAUGAAUGAUGAAUAAUACUGUGAACUUCUAUCAGUGGGGUGAGCAAGUUAAAUUAUUAUUUCAGGUCCAUCUUUAUAUUUGCUCUGUUAGUAUAUUAUGGGCUAGGGGUGCGGAGCAAGAAUGGUACCAGAAGACUGUUACGGCGCAUGAAGAAAAGCACCUAAUUAAAACCUCAUUGUCUCUGGUAUUUCAGAA